UUCUCCUUUAAUCUUUUGUCAGUGAAGCGUCUGCCUUUCGGUCUUCCUACCAUUAAUUUCUCUUUUAUUGCACAACGUUUUCGUUAUUAUUUAGGCGUUAUUGUUGGGUAGAGAUAUAGAACAUAUGAUGGAUUCUACUUGUGCACAUUCUUCUUCUUCAGCGAAGGUAAUGGAAAAUGGGGAGCAACCCCAUGUCUUAGCAGUGGAUGACAGCCUCGCCGAUCGCAAACUUAUUGAAAAACUCCUCAAAAACUCUUCAUGCAAAGUGACUACUGCAGAAAAUGGGCCGAGGGCACUGGAAGUUUUGGGCUUGGGAGAUGGUCAACAUAACAACUUGGAAGGCAGAAUCUCAAAGGUAAAUUUGAUAAUUACGGAUUAUUGUAUGCCAGGAAUGACAGGUUAUGAGCUAUUGAAAAAAGUUAAGCAGGAAUCAUCAAUCAUGAAGGAGGUUCCAGUGGUUGUAGUGUCAUCUGAGAACGUCCCAACUCGUAUAAACAAGUGCUUAGAGGAAGGAGCUCAGAUGUUCAUGCUAAAGCCCCUAAAACAAUCGGACGUGAAGAAAUUAAGAUGUCAACUGAUGAACCGCAGAAGCUAAACACCCAUAUUCCUGAGGAAAUUAGAAGUAUACCAGAAAUUUCAAUCAAUAGAGGAAGCCGCACAAUCAUUAGAUGACAAUUCCUACACAAUAUGACGUGAAUAAACCAGUUUCCAUCGCUAAUCAGUUUUGUUUUGCUCAAAUCUCAUGAUUGUUUGUGAUAAAUCAAGAGUUUCAUUGACAAUUCUCUUCUUUGAGAAUCACAAUCUUUCUCCCUUCCUUGAUUU